UUGAUUAUCUAAGAUUUAGCGGACGAGCUCGUCUAGCACUACCGCACCUUCUCACCCACCGUCAAGAUCCCCGUGUAGCAUAUUACAACAACAAUGGGUCGUCGUCCCGCCCGCUGCUACCGUUACUGCAAGAACAAGCCCUACCCCAAAUCACGGUACAACCGUGGUGUCCCUGAUCCUAAAAUCAGGAUUUUUGACCUCGGCCGUAAACGUGCCUCCGUCGACGAGUUCCCCUUCUGUUGUCAUCUUGUCUCCGAUGAGUAUGAGCAGCUGAGCUCUGAGGCGCUCGAAGCAGCUCGUAUUUGCGCUAACAAGUAUGUCACCAAGACAUCUGGCAAGGAUUCGUUCCACAUGCGCGUCCGUGUGCACCCAUUCCACGUUAUCCGUAUUAACAAGAUGUUGAGUUGUGCUGGCGCUGAUCGGCUGCAAACCGGUAUGCGUGGUGCUUGGGGUAAGCCCUACGGCACUGUCGCCCGUGUCAACAUCGGCCAGAUCAUCCUCUCUAUCCGUUGCAAAGAAUCCAAUGCUGCUGUCAUCCAAGAGGCUCUCCGCCGUGCACGGUACAAGUUCCCCGGCCGUCAGAAAAUCAUUGUUUCGAAGAAGUGGGGCUUCACGAAUGUGGCCCGCGAGGACUACAUGAAACUCAAGGAUGAGAAGAGAGUGGUACAGGAUGGAGCUUAUGUACAGUUUAUUCGUGCUAGAGGUCCUUUGGAGCAGAACUUGCGUGCUCAGCUCAAAGCUUAGGUCUACAUGCGUUAUACAUAUAAUUGCUUUCAGUGGAAUGAGUGUAAGAUGGACUGCAAGCACCUGCAUGCUAGGAAUUCGUCAGUUUGUGCGAGAUAAUCUAUUAUGUGAGUGGCGAGAUAAAGUGUAUACACCAUAUCAUCAUCAAAAAUGCGUCAUCAAACCUAUACAGUGUUGGCCAGCGUCAUUGAACUGAGGUUCAGUGAGGGGUACAAGGAUCCGAGAGGUUGUAGCUCAACGGUUUUCUGCAUGAAGAAGUCAUCGGCUCCUCCCUGGCGCAAUAUUUUCGUACUUGAACCACAGGCGGUGCGAUGAGAUCAUCGACCUGGAGUUGUGUCCAGCUAUUUGGGACGGUGAAUGUUAAGCGGUGAAGCCCUCAAUAAAAGCUCCUACUGGUACUAGAUCCGCGUGCGGAUAUCCUAUCAGUAGUACACUAGCAGACUCGAUGUAACUGACCACGUAUACAGAUUUGUAUAUGUUC